AUGGCUCUGCCGUUACGGAAAGCCAUAGCGAAACCUUGUUCUGCUACACCUCGAAUUCCAAUCGCAUCCUCAAUUACAUCACUCCUUCAAACCCUAAAUCCCCAAAGUAAAGAUUGUGAACCCCUUAAAGGGUUUUCAUCUCACCUCAACCCAAGCUUGGUUAUCCAAGUGAUUAAGAGUGCAGAGAACCCCUAUCAUGCACUGUUCUUCUUCAACUGGGCAUCGAACCCCGAACCCAACCCCAACAACUACUAUCAUACUCGCUCAUGUUACUCCGCCAUCACCGGUGUCUUGCUUUCUCACUCCCUUUUCUCCACCGCAUACUCUCUCCUUCGCCACUCUAACAAACUCUCCGACUUCUUCAUCUGUAAAUUCAUCAACGCUUUGGGUGAUCGUGGCGAUAUCAGGGGUGCCAUUCAUUGGUUCCACAAAGCCAAAGUCUUUGCAAGAGGGCGCUGUGUGUUCUCCUUAAACGCCAUAUUGGGCGUGCUCGUUAGAGCAAAUCGGGUCAAUCUGGCCAUGGCUAUCUACGAUCAGGUUGUGGCAGAAGAUGUGGUGAAACCCGAUGUUUUCACUUACACAACUAUGAUUAGGGGUUUCUGCAAAAUGGGCAUGGUCGAAAGUGCCGGAAAGGUGUUCGAUGAAAUGCGCUGUGAACCCAAUGUGAUUACUUACAACACAAUGAUCCACGGGUUUUGCAAGAAAGGUGAUAUGGAGGGUGCCAAGAGGGUUUUUAAUCGAUUGGUGGAAAGUAAGAGUUGCGAACCUGAUGUGGUGACUUUUACCACUUUGAUUGAUGGGCAUUCCAAGAAAGGUGAAUUCCAAGAGGCACUGAACUGCAUGAAGGAGAUGCUGGAACGAGGUUGUCACCCAAAUGUUUUGACUUACAAUGCAUUAAUUGAAGGUCUUUGUUUGAGCGGAUAUGUGGAUGAGGCAAGGAGGAUGAUGACUAGGAUGAGGUUAAAUGGUUUAAAAGACAACAUCACCACAAACACCAGCAUAUUGAAGGGUUUUUGCAUUCUGGGAAAGUCUGAUGACGCUAUCAAGCAUCUGAAGGACAUGGUUAGUCGCGGUUUGAAUCCAGAUGUGAAAGCAUGCCAUGUCAUUGUCAAUGAGUAUUGCAAGAUUAGAAAAUCAAAUGAAGCAGUUUCACUUCUGAGGGGAAUGGGGGCAAGGGGCAUUAAGCCGAGUGUGUCGAGUUUUAAUGCAGUGUUUAGAGUUCUUGUGGCUGAGGGGAAGCUUGAAGAAGCAGUUCUUCUUUUAAAGCAGAUGCCUCAAAUGGGUUGCUCACCCAACUUCUUAUCAUAUAGCAUAGUCAUAUGUGGUCUUUGUGAAGUGAAGGGUAGGAUGCAACAAGUUGAAGAGCUUGUUUGGGACAUGCUCCAGAAUGGGCAUAACCUUGAUGCAGCUAUGUACAACUGCUUACUUGGGGGAUAUUGUGAAGAUGGGGAUGAAGAAAUGGCGUUGAAGACGGUUUAUAAUAUAAUUGACAAGAACUUUGUAAUCAACAAAGACACUUUCUGCACUUUUGUCAAGGAGUUGUGUGCAAAGGGAAAAAUGAAAGAGGCGGAGACAGUAUUUGAAGAGAUGUGCAAGAGAUGCCCUGUAUUUGAUAUAAAUGCUUAGAUUAGUGCUAUGUCAAUUGGGUAGGAAAGCUGAGGCAUCAUGAUAUUCAGUCAAUUGAAUUCCUGAAGAGCUAUAGCCCAUGAAAAGUAUAACGCUUGGGGAGGGAGAAUUUGCUUAAUCCAGCAGUGGAAGCCUCUGAUAAUGUUCAUUGUAUUUAGUGUUUGGGUUAUAACUGCUGUGCACCAUGGACUGUGUCUGUGAUUGUUAGUGGUCUGGUUAGUAACUGGGUUUGGAUAGUA